UGCCGCUCGCCGCGCUCGUCGCCGCUGCCCUCCCCUCCCCUCCCCCCGGAACCCGCCGGUGUCCGGUCCCCGCCUCGGCCGCCGCUGGGUCCUCGCGGCCCCUCCGGGAAAGCAAAGAUGAACGUGAUCGACCACGUGCGGGACAUGGCGGCUGCGGGGCUGCACUCCAACGUGCGGCUCCUCAGCAGUCUCCUCCUCACUAUGAGCAACAACAACCCUGAAUUAUUCUCUCCAUCUCAGAAGUACCAGCUUUUGGUCUACCAUGCAGAUUCUCUCUUUCACGAUAAAGAAUAUCGGAAUGCUGUUAGCAAGUACACAAUGGCCCUACAGCAGAAAAAGGCCUUAAGUAAAACAUCGAAAGUGAGACCUUCGACUGGCAGUGCUGCUUCAACUCCGCAGAGUCAGUGUCUUCCAUCUGAAAUUGAAGUGAAAUACAGAAUGGCUGAGUGUUACACGAUGCUAAAACAAGACAAAGAUGCGAUCGCCGUCCUUGAUGGGAUCCCCUCAAGACAGAGAACCCCUAAAAUAAACAUGAUGUUGGCCAACUUGUACAAGAAGGCGGGCCAGGAGCGCUCUUCUGUGACUAGCUACAAAGAGGUGCUGAGACAAUGCCCGCUGGCUCUGGACGCCAUUCUAGGUUUGCUGUCCCUUUCUGUAAAAGGGGCAGAAGUGGCGUCUAUGACAAUGAAUGUGAUUCAGAGCAUUCCUAACUUGGACUGGCUUUCAGUGUGGAUCAAAGCAUACGCCUUUGUGCACACUGGCGACAACACCAGAGCUAUCAAUACCAUCUGUUCUCUAGAGAAAAAGUCCUUAUUGAGAGAUAGUGUGGACCUCCUGGGGAGCCUGGCAGACCUGUACUUCCGAGCUGGAGAUAACAAAAACUCCGUUCUCAAAUUUGAACAGGCCCAGAUGUUGGAUCCCUAUCUGAUAAAAGGAAUGGAUGUCUAUGGAUACUUACUAGCACGCGAAGGACGACUGGAGGAUGUCGAGAACCUGGGCUGCCGCUUGUUUAAUAUCUCUGACCAGCAUGCUGAACCCUGGGUGGUGUCGGGAUGUCACAGUUUCUAUAGCAAACGAUACUCUCGGGCCUUGUAUUUAGGAGCCAAGGCUAUUCAGCUCAAUAGUAACAGUGUCCAAGCUCUGCUGCUGAAGGGAGCGGCCCUUAGAAAUAUGGGCAGAGUUCAGGAAGCCAUAAUCCACUUUCGGGAAGCCAUACGCCUUGCCCCUUGCCGGCUGGACUGUUACGAAGGUCUCAUCGAAUGUUAUUUAGCUUCUAACAGCAUUCGGGAGGCCAUGGUAAUGGCCAACAACGUCUAUAAAACCCUCGGUGCAAACGCACAGACCCUCACCCUUUUAGCUACCGUGUGUCUUGAAGAUCCAGUCACCCAGGAGAAAGCAAAGACCCUUCUGGACAAAGCCCUGACUCAGAGGCCAGACUACAUUAAGGCAGUGGUGAAGAAAGCAGAGUUACUUAGCAGAGAACAGAAAUAUGAAGAUGGCAUUGCCUUGCUGAGGAAUGCGCUGGCCAAUCAGAGUGACUGUGUGCUACAUCGAAUACUGGGUGAUUUCCUGGUUGCUGUCAAUGAAUAUCAGGAAGCCAUGGACCAGUACAGUAUUGCUCUCAGUCUGGACCCCAAUGACCAGAAGUCUCUGGAGGGGAUGCAGAAGAUGGAGAAGGAAGAGAGUCCUACUGAUGCCACUCAGGAGGAAGAUGUAGACGAUAUGGAAGGAAGUGGGGAAGAAGGGGACUUGGAGGGCAGUGACAGUGAGGCAGCACAGUGGGCUGACCAGGAGCAGUGGUUUGGCAUGCAGUGAGGCCUCUGAGCUCCCCUUGGAUUGUAGCGUUUCCGAGUGGCCCGAGCAGAGUCUGGGGCAUCCUUGUCUGGGAAGAAGACGACUAUAUUAUCUCAACGGGGAAUUGGGUUUUCUCACUCUCUGUUCUCAGUUGUAACUUCAUUUUUGAACAUUGAGCCUCCCGAGCUCUUCAAAUCCACGAGCAGAGUCUGGCAAGCAUGCAAGCAUGCUCGAGGCUCUGGGACAGAAGCCGGUUUUUGUGCACUUUGGUUCGAAAUCUCUGACUCCGAGUAAGAUGCUUCCUAGGGAAUGUGGCAGUGGAACAGAAAAGAAUGACUGGUCGGGGGACGUGUGCUCUCUCUAGGUUCUGAAGGCAGUGCAGGUUGGCCCUUUCAAACAAUUUCCCAUUUGCUCCACAGCUCCCAUAGGCAGCUGUUUAAAAUCUUCCUUCUGAUUUUGCUUUUUUCUGCAGUGUUGGUAAUGCCUUAAACCGAGACUUGACGUUUUGCAAACAUUUUCCUAUUUGAUAAUAUGGUGACUUGCCUCUCGGGCCCAGGUCACGAUUUUUGUUAUUGGCUAUACCUUAUUGUAGGGCAGCAAAUGGGAGCCCCUUUUCUUAAGAUUCCUGGCUCUCCAUUUGCUGUAGUUAGAGAAUAUAAAGCCACUUUUUGGGUACAGUAAUGGAAUUCCUCUGGCCGAAAUGAAUGCCACUCUGCAGUUUUUGUUACUUCUUUUCUCCUGUUCUGUCUGGUCUCCAGAAUAGCUGGAAAAUUAAUACUUUUGUUAAAGGUUUUAAAAUGAUGCUGCCUCAUUUGUGUGUGGGUGUCAUUGUGUACCAGCUGCGCCUCUGCUGGUAGGUCCCUAUCAAACUGGCUUAUGGCCAGAAAUGUUUGCCACAGAAUUUCUGUCUUUCUCCCAGCCCCUUGUCUUAGUUACCUGAAGUAGAAACCAGCCCAAGCUGUGGGUUGAGCUUUAGUGCUGAAUUAACUUUCUUGUAGCCUCGUGUGUUUGAUGUGGAUGAUGUGUGGCCGCCAGGUGGUAAAAGGCACCUUCCACAGCGGGCUCCUCCUGCUUCUCAGAACCAGACUGUCUGUGACCCAACCUGUCGUUCUUCUGAGAUCUGUGCUUGGCACUUGAGGAGUGCCAGGGUCUGCUUUGUUGAUCGGCCCUUAUCUGUCAACAAACCUGUGGAAUGUGCAUAAAGAUAGUCAAUGACAGCCCUUCUGGGGGAGAAGCCCCAGAGUUGAGGUGCACGUGUCUUCAAGGCUGACAAGGCGACCUUUGCCGUGCUCCUUAAAGCCAAAUUUGGCUCCUUGCGGGGCAAGCCUUGCUGCUUUUUCCUUCCAGGUGAGCCAGCACCAGGUAAUGGAUGUUCAGACCCCUGGGAAAGCUGACUGUGCCGCUGGGGGGGGGGGGGGGGCAAGGUGCUUCAGCUUAGGUCAGACAUGUUGAAGCAUUCUACUUCUACCUUGUGCUCUUACCUUCAGCAGUGAAAAGGGAGGUGGGUGAUUAAUGGGGAAGAGCUGCCCUCAGCCCCUGGAACACAAGCCCCUCACAAGGGCUGCUAUCAGCCCUGCCUGGGAGGGCAAGAAGGGAGCUCUCAGGCCUUGGUGGUCCCUGUGGGCCUGUGAUUCUGGGCUAAAGUGCAGGCUCCCCUCGAUACCUUGUUCUGUUUACUGCUGACAACAGGAGAUGGCUUGAAUCUCACAGACAGGUGUGGGAAAUCUGAUUUAAUCGGGGCCCCUGACUGGGCCUCCAAGUGGUCUCUGGGUAACUCUCCAACUUGGCGUGCCUGGAAUUCCAGAGCUGCUCUCCUGGCCCCAGGGAGAAGGGCCAGAAGGUUUUCUCCUUCCUUUUGGAAUCCUCCCUGGCUGGAGGGUGAGACCAUGGAGAGGCUCCCAGGGUGCAAGGGCUGGCUGAGUGGGGGAUGGUGGGCUUGCUGUGACAAUGAUUGGUUUCUCUAGAGUGCUUUAAGGUGGGCGUGGCAAGUGUUGGCAUCCCCAUCUUACUUGAGUAACUUGCCAGUGAUCACCUUGCUUUUGAGUGUUGGAGGUGAGAUUUGAACCCAGGUCUUCUGACUUGUUGGCAUUUGCAGAGGUGUUGAUGUUUCAUGUUUUUGCAACUCUUGGGGUUUCAUAGGUCACAUUGAAAUGGGCCAACUUGAUUGUAUUUAGCGGCUUUUAAAUUAGUCCAGGACAGCCAGCUCCUCUUAACCCCUUGCGGCUAACUUUCCUUCCCCUACUGUCUGUGUCUGCUCAGGGAACACACACUCAAUUUGAAAUGUGCCCACGAAGGUCUGAGAUAGGAAGGUGUUGCUGGCAUCAGGCCUUUGGGGGCAUCCCUCUAGGCAGGACAAGAGAGCUGUGAGGGAGGCACGACUGGGUGCAGCUCACUGUCUCCUCUUCUGGAAGCCUUGCCUCCGUUCAGCACAUGUUUAUUGGGUGUCUACUGUGUGUCCGGUAUUCUGCUAUUUGCUGGGGAGACCAGAAAACCAACCUACUAACUGCUGCUGUCCCCAAGGAACUUACUUUCUCCUGGGAGAUAGAGUGGAGUAAAAAUGAGAGGUAGAGGAGAGCCCUAGUAACUCGAGAGAAGAAGAGAAACUUCUCAUAGAUUCCCUUCUGGAUCACAGAGCAUGGCCUUAAGCGGAGCCUAAGAGGCAGAUGAGACAGGAGGAGGUAGAGCCUUGCAGGCUGGGAGGCCUUACUGCGUCACUGUUGGGAGGGCAAGAAGGUGUGAGGAGACUGGCUGAUGACAGUUGUCGGCGGGGCUGUGGGAAAGCACGCCUUUCUGGAAAGCGGUUAAAGUUUCUGAACUGUGUGACUAAACCCUUUAGCCCAGCAAUAUCCCUACCGGGCCUGUGCCCCAGAGAGAUCAAGAAAGAGGCAAAGGGCUCGUAUGUACAAAAAUAUUGAUAGAGGCUGCUUCUGUGAUAGCAACAAACCCUGUCAACUUGGGGAAUAUUUGAAGACAUUUAUGAUAUAUGCAUGUACCACCAUUAGAAGUGGGCUUCUGAGGCCUGUUAGGGAGACACGGGAGGACUCGUGUGGCCUGAUGCAUGGAGAAGUGAGCCAAACCAGAUGGACACCGUAAAGCCAAGAAGCCGUAGUUAUGGUGACCAGGCCCUAUUUCAGAAGGCCUGUGGUGAAGCAGAUGAACCUUCCUCUGAGAUGAGACGUGUACACUGAGACAUAGCCAAUGUUAGGAUUUGUUGUGCUUGACUAUGCAUAUUUGUUACAGGGGC